CGGAGUGGCUGCCAGCGCUGCUCUCUCCUCCGCGCACCUUUCUGCCCCACACGGCCCAUCCGCACCUCUCUGCACCGCUCCUGCGCUCCCUCACGCUCAGAGAAACGGGCGGAGGGGUCUGCUCGCGUGCUGCCAGGGCUGUCAGCGCACGGGCGGCGUCGCUGGCAGUGGCGUCCCCCGCGCUGCUGCUGAGCCGCAUGGAGCAAGUGAAGGUGCUGCGCGGCCACCGCAACGCCGUCUACUGCGCGGUGUACGACCACGGGGGGCGGUACCUGAUAACGGGGUCGGACGACCGCUUGGUGAAGAUCUGGAGCAUGCACCAUGGCAUCUGCCUCUCCACCUGCCGCGCCCACACCGGUGACAUCACGGAUCUAGCGGUCAGUCGGGGCGACAAGUGGGUGGCAUCAGCGUCCAACGACUGCCUCAUCCGCGUGUGGGAGCUACCGAGUGGGCAUCUGGAGGUGACGCUAGUGGGCCAUGCAGACGCCGUCACCGCUGUUGCAUUCAGCCCCACCACUCACCACCACCUCCUCUCGGCAUCGGAGGAUGGCUCAUGCCGCCUGUGGGACGUCACAGCAGCAGCGGACAGCACCUGCCUGCGCCUCUUCCUGCCCGCCUCCCACGCAACCAAGAUCCCGUUCCCGCCAGGGACGUUUCUGAGCCGCAUCCAGCAGGGGGGCAGCGAGCUCACUCCUGAGGAGCGGGCCAAGAUGCUGCCCCCCAAAGUGCUGUGCGCUGCCUUCAACGCCGAGGGCUCUCUCUUUGUCACUGGCAGCGAGGAUGGGCGCACGCGGGUGUGGGAUGCGCGCCUCCCUGCCCUCGCACCCAAGGAGCCCUCCCAGCAGCAGCAGCAACAACAGCAAGAGCAACCACAACAGGUGCAACAGCAACAAGAACAGCAGCCACAGCAGCAGGAACAGCAGCAGCAGCAGCAGCAGCAGCAGGGGCCGUGGGCGGCGGGGGUGGGUGCGGGGGGCCGGGAGAGAGUGGGGGUGCAGCAUGAGGUGCAGGAGCUGCUAGGGCAUCAGGGGUCAGUCAACUUCGUGCAGUUCAGUGGGUGUGCGGGGGUGCAGCAGGAGGUGACGUCUGGUGGGGACGAGGAGGGGAGGGGUGUGGGGGAGAAGGGGAAGGGAAGUGCGGAGGGGGGGAAGCGAAAGGAGAAGGACAAGGAGAGGCGACUCAUCUCCCUCAACACGGCCAACCGGGGGGGAGUGGAGGCGAUAGUCUCGUGUGCGCGAGACGGUUCCGCCUUCAUCUGGCGCCCGCGGGCGCGCCGCGUGCAUGGCAAGCACCAGCACUGGCACAAGGCGCUGCAGCUCACCGCCCCCCCGCGCCCCCUGCCUGUGCCCGCGGGGGCUGCAGCAGGGCAGGGCGCAGGGGGCGGGGGGAGGGCAGGGGCGAGGGCGAGGGCCAGGGAUGCGGCGGGGGCGGCGGCGAAUAUGAUCAUCUGGUCGCUCGACUGCCAGUUUGUGCUGGCUGCCCUCACAGAUGCGCGCAUCUGUGUGUGGCAGGCGGCCACAGGCGAGCUCAUACACUGCCUCACAGCACACCAGGAGCAGGCGUUCGUGCUGGACGUGCAUCCCACGGACCCGCGCAUUGCCAUGAGCGCGGGGUACGAUGGCCGGGUUAUCGUGUGGGACAUCUGGAAGGGACAGCCAAUUGCCAUCCGCCACGUCACCAAUUUCCAACUCGUCGACGGGCACUUCUCUCCGGACGGCACGGGGCUGGUCGUGGCGGACGAGGUGGGGCAGGUGUAUGUGUUUGCCACGGGGGGCAAGGACCAAUGGGCGCACAUCCACAUGGACCAGUUUUUCCUGGGCGACUAUCGUCGAUUCGCCCUCGACUCAUUCCACAACGCCCUCGAUGAGGUGCAUUCUCAUGCCUGCCUGCACUCAUGCACUCCCCUGUACUUCCGAUUGCCUGCACUUUUGCUUUCGCCUGCACUCCUGCUUCCCUCCCACUCUCCCCUGCACUCCCGCUCUUGCUCGUAUUGCUUCUCCCACUUCCAUUCACUCUCUUGCCUCCCAUCUCAUCCGCGCACCCAAUGGCCCCUCAUGCCCCACCCCCCACACCAGGAGACGAACGUGUUAACGGAGGAGCGCACGUGGAUGGAUCCGAUAUGCGAUGCGGGCAUGCAGCCGUACCCCGACCCCUACCAGGCGUGCUUCCACGCGCUGCGCUUCGCCCUGCUCGCGCGCCCCUACCACCCCCCCUCCUUCCCGCUCCGGGUGGGGCGCAUAGAGGCCGACGACCUGGCCUUUCAGCCCGUCCCCAACGAGCCCCUUGGCGCCCCCGGCUCCGCGCCCCUGCCCCUCCUGCCCCUGCCUGCUGCUGCUGGCGGUGGCGGGCGCGGGGGAGGUGGGCGGAGGGAGGGCGUGAGGAGGGAGGAAGGAAGGGGGAGGAGGGAAGAGGAUGGGGAGGUGCAGGUGGUGAGUGGGGGCGAGGAGGGGGAGGAGGGGAGGGUGGGCGGGGGAGAGGGGGGUGUUGCAGGGGGGGGUGAUGGAGGGAGGGGGAGAGGAGAGGUGAGGCGGCGGGAAGGCCAGCGGUGGGAGCUGAGGGAGAGGCUACCUGUGAGGCGGUAUGAGGGGUUUGAAGUGACCAUGGGGGGGGAGGAGGAGAGGGGCGAGGAGGAGAGGGGAGAGGAGGACUCAGAGUAUGAAGUGAGCGGAGGGGAGGAGGAGAGGCGCGGAGGGAGUGAGGAGGAGCAGGAGGGGGAGACGGAGGAGGAGGAGGAGGAGGGUGGGCAGGGCGAGGGGGAGGAGGAGGAUGGGCAGGGCACAAGACGGUUUGCUGCGGGCGAGGAAGAAGAGGAGGAGUAUGAUGAGGAGGAGGGAGAAGGAGAAGAUGAGUGGGAAGAGGAUGAGGAAGAGGAGGAUGAAGGGGAAGAGGAGGAAGGGGAAGACGAGGAAGGUGAGGACGGGGAUGAGGAGGAGGAUUAUGAGGAGGAGGAGGACGUGGAGCAGUACAAGCGGGUGGGGCACGCCUCUAGAAGCCUGGCCACUGCACCUUACGGCCACCAGUGGCCGCAUGGCUCGCAGGCGGGGGGCGGGCAUGGAGGGGGGGAAGGCAGUGGGCAUGGGAGGGGGCAGCAGGGCGUGUUGGCAGUGAGGGGCGGGCAGAGUGCCAUUACUCCUGUGGGGGGAAACGGGCUCAAACUCAAAAUUAACCUCAGAAAACCCUCUGCUGCCGAUGCUGCUGCUGCUGAUGCUGCUGCUGAUGCUGCUGGUGGUGCCGAUGCUGCUGCUGGUGCGAGUGGUGCUGGCGCGUCUGCAGCGGGUGGUGGUGGGGGCGGCAGCGGGGGCGGCAGUGCGGGCAGCUCGUGUGCAGCGCUGCGUGGAGUGACCAAGUCGCAGCUCAAACAGCGCAUGGAGGCUCAACGCACCCAGGCCGCACAGACCCUGCAGAAGCACGCUCUCGCCCAGGCGCAGGAGGGAGGGGAGGCAAAGGUGGAACAUGCGGAGGAGGUGGAGGAGGAGGAGGAUGAGGGGGAUGAGGAGGUAGAGGAGGUGGAGGAGGAGGAUGAGGAGGAGGAAGUGAUGGAGGAGAUUGGAUCAGAGGAGGAAGAAGAGGAAAAUGUGGUGGCAGAGGUGGGUGCGGAGAGCACGCCAGGGAGGAGAACGAGGAGCAACAGUCGACAUGCUGCCGGUGGUGCUGAGGAAAUCUGGGACGAGGAGGAGGAGGAAGAGGAAAACGAAGAGGAAGAAGAGGAAGAGGAAGAAGGGGAGGAAGAUGAGGAGGAAGAUGAGGAGGAAGAUGAGGAGGAAGAGGAGGAAGAGGAAGAAGAUGAAGAAUAUGAGGAGGAGGAAGAUCAGGGGAAUUGGAAAGUAGAGCCCAACUGGGGAAAGAGGAAGACACGCAAGCGCACAGCAGGGGCGGGGGCACUCCCUGCAGGGAGGGGGGAGGUGCGGGGGGGAGGCGGGGGGGCGAGGCAGUCAGUGCGGGUGGUGGCAGGCAGGGGCGGGGGAAGGGGAAGGGGAAGGGGCAGGGGCAGGGGCAGGGGGAGAGGUAGAGGCAGGGGGAGGGGAGGCGGGAGUGCAUCUGGAAGGGCGGGGCAAGGGAGGGGCGCGGGCAGCAGAGGAAGAGGCAGCAAGGCGCGAGUUGCAGGAUCAGGUGGGGAUGGGGGCAGGGCGCGGGUGGGGUCAGGGAGGUCAUGGGGAGGUGUGGGGGAGAGGGGGAGGCGAGCUUUGGGUGAGGCGAGCGGGGAGGGGCUGGCAGGGGAUGGGGAGGGCAGUGAGGACGAAGAUGCAGAGGGGAUGGGCGGGGAUGAGAGUGAGGGAGAGGGGCUUGCAAGUGGGGAAAGGGGGGGAAGGGAGAGGGGCGAGGGUGGUGACGUGGUGAAGGGAGGACACUUGUUGAGGGCUAGGACACCACGGGGGAAGGGGAGGGGGGGAGAGAAGGGAGUGGCGAGGAAGAGAAAUGAGGGAGAUGAGAGUGAGAAGGGACUUGAGAGUGAGGAGGGGCAAGAGAGUGGGGAGGGGCAAGCGAGUGAGGAGGAGCAAGAGAGUAAGGAGGGGCAAGAGAAUGAGGAGGAGCAAGAGCGAGCAGGGGGUGAGCGAGGGCGCAUGUCGAAUUGGGUCGUGCAGAGUGCAUCACUGGGUACUGACGAACGUGCAGGCGUGCGUGGGGUGGGCGCUGUGUGGGCUGUGCAGAUGACGACGACGCCUGGCGCCCCUCCAAGCGCGCCCGCUGCUGACUCCGCGCCUGCUGGCGCUGCUAACAACCUAACUGAUGCUGCUGGAGGUGCUGAUGCUGCUGCUGCCGCUGCUACAGCAGCGGCGCACGGGGGCCUGCCGGUGGCGGUGCCGGCUGGCACGAGGAGGAAGAGGAACGCGCGGGGGACAGCAGUGCAGCGCACAGGCCGCACAGAUAGAGUGGGAGGAGGGGAUGUUCAGGAGGCUGAGGGCGGCGGUGGGUCAGGUGUGUGUGCUCUGGCGCUGCUUCUCCCCCGCACAGCAGUGCCGGCUGCUGCUGUGUGUGAGGGUGGUGGUGCAGACAUGGUGGGUCCUGGGAGCGGGGCCAGUGCGGGUGAACACGCUGUGGGACUGCACGAUGGUGGACGGGGGGAUGCCGGGGUACAUGGAGGGGCACGUGCAGGCACAGGUGCAGGAGCAGGUAGUCAUGUUGAGUGCCAGACAGAGGUUGCCGAGGGGAAGGGAGCCACUGGUGAGGAGGAUGGAAAUGGAGAGGAUGUGAGGAGAGAGGGGGAGGGCGAGGGCGCAGAGGAGGACGCGAGAGAGGCAGGUGCUGGUGUGGCGGCGGGUGAGGGGGGCAGGGGUGCGGGGGACGGAGGGGAGUGGGAGGAGGAAGGGGGGGAGAUGAGUGCGCGCAAGGAGGAGCUGUUCGUUGAGCUGUUUGGGGAGGAGGGCGCGGACGAGGGCGCAGGGCUGCCUGGGGACGACCUGCUCAGCCCGCUUGGUGCUGGGGCGGGGGGCACGGACGAGGGCGGUGGGGGGGAGGCUGGCAGAGACGAGGGCGGUAGGGAGGAUGGCGGAGGGGAGGUGGGCGUCAAGGAGGAGGGAGACGGAGGCAAUACUAGCGAGAGGAAUGGGUGUGAUGGAGGGAAUGCGAAUGGGGAGCCAGGGUGUGAGGGGGAGAGCGGUGGCGGGCAAGCAGGCAGCGAUGGUGGCAUGAAGGUGCUAUGCAGCAGAUGGGGCAGCAGUGAGGGGCAGCACACAUGCACAAUUGGUGCGCCUGCUGAUGCCCCGGCUCCUGCCAGGGCUGGCGAUGCAGCUGAAGCUAGGGAGCUGGCUGGGGAAGAGGGUGGGAGGAGUGCAGACAGGGGUGUUGCGAUGGAGGAAGGGCAGGGCCGGGAGGACGCGGAGGGGAACGCGGGGGGCGAGCAGAGAGAGAGGGGCGCAAGUGGUGGCGUGGAUGGUGGUGGCGGGCACAGUGAAGGGGAGAGAAGCGGAUGUGGUGCUGCUGAUGGCGACGAGGCUUGUGGAGGGGGAGGAAGGGGGAAGGGGGAAGCAGAGCAGGAGGACGAGAGGGGGAAGGGGCAGGAGAGGGAUGGUCUAGGCGGGGAUGGUGGGGCGAGUGGGGAGUGUGAGAGGGUGGGAGAUGGCGGGGCGAUGGGGGCAGAUGGGGGUGAGCGAGCGGCGAAUGGUGAGGCGGAUAUAGGGGGUGGGGGGAAGGAGGAGGGGUGUGAGGGGAACGAUGCGCUCAGAAUAGAGCAAGGGGCGAGGAUGGGCGGGAAGAGAAAGGUGAGGAGGCGAUUGGAGCAUGGCAAGAGAGAGACAGGGGAGGGUGCGGAUGGGGAGAGUGCAGGGGAGAAUGGGAAUGGGAUUGAGAGCAAGGCGACAGAGAAGGAGAUUGCAGAGACGAAAGGAUGCAGCGGUGAGGGUGAGGAGGCAGAGGAGUCGGAGCAUGAUACAAGCAAUGAUGCUGCGGAGGAGGAGGAGGAGGAGGAGGAGGAGGAGGAGGAGGAGGAGGAGGAGGAGGAGGAGGAGGAGGAGGAGGAGGAGGAGGAGGAGGAGGAGGAGGAGGAGGAGGAGGAGGAGGAGGAGGAGGAGGAGGAGGAGGAGGAGGAGGAGGAGGAGGAGGAGGAGGAGGAGGAGGAGGAGGAGGAGGAGGAGGAGGAGGAGGAGGAGGAGGAGGAGGAGGAGGAGGAGGAGGAGGAGGAGGAGGAGGAGGAGGAGGAGGAGGAGGAGGAGGAGGAGGAGGAGGAGGAGGAGGAGGAGGAGGAGGAGGAGGAGGAGGAGGAGGAGGAGGAGGAGGAGGAGGAGGAGGAGGAGGAGGAGGAGGAGGAGGAGGAGGAGGAGGAGGAGGAGGAGGAGGAGGAGGAGGAGGAGGAGGAGGAGGAGGAGGAGGAGGAGGAGGAGGAGGAGGAGGAGGAGGAGGAGGAGGAGGAGGAGGAGGAGGAGGAGGAGGAGGAGGAGGAGGAGGAGGAGGAGGAGGAGGAGGAGGAGGAGGAGGAGGAGGAGGAGGAGGAGGAGGAGGAGGAGGAGGAGGAGGAGGAGGAGGAGGAGGAGGAGGAGGAGGAGGAGGAGGAGGAGGAGGAGGAGGAGGAGGAGGAGGAGGAGGAGGAGGAGGAGGAGGAGGAGGAGGAGGAGGAGGAGGAGGAGGAGGAGGAGGAGGAGGAGGAGGAGGAGGAGGAGGAGGAGGAGGAGGAGGAGGAGGAGGAGGAGGAGGAGGAGGAGGAGGAGGAGGAGGAGGAGGAGGAGGAGGAGGAGGAGGAGGAGGAGGAGGAGGAGGAGGAGGAGGAGGAGGAGGAGGAGGAGGAGGAGGAGGAGGAGGAGGAGGAGGAGGAGGAGGAGGAGGAGGAGGAGGAGGAGGAGGAGGAGGAGGAGGAGGAGGAGGAGGAGGAGGAGGAGGAGGAGGAGGAGGAGGAGGAGGAGGAGGAGGAGGGGGCAAAGAGUGUAGAGGAGGCGGAAGAGGCCGAGGAGGAAGAGGGGGAGGAGGAGGAGAGUGAGUCAUAUGGUGAGUCAAGUGAGGGUGAUGGGAGUGAUGAAAGUGAGGGGAGUGAUGCGGGUGGUGAGAGUGAUGGGAGUGAUGAGAGUGACGCAACGAGUGAGGGGAGUGAAGCGAGUGAGGGGAGUGAAGCGAGUGAGGGGAGUGAAGCGAGUGAGGGGAGUGAAGCGAGUGAGGGGAGUGAAGCGAGUGAGGGGAGUGAAGCGAGUGAGGGGAGUGAAGCGAGUGAGGGGAGUGAAGCGAGUGAGGGGAGUGAAGCGAGUGAGGGGAGUGAAGCGAGUGAGGGGAGUGAAGCGAGUGAGGGGAGUGAAGCGAGUGAGGGGAGUGAAGCGAGUGAGGGGAGUGAAGCGAGUGAGGGGAGUGAAGCGAGUGAGGGGAGUGAAGCGAGUGAGGGGAGUGAAGCGAGUGAGGGGAGUGAAGCGAGAGCCCCCGCCUCGCUGCCAUCACCCCGCGUGCUUCCCCCCGACUCACAGCCCUGGCACCCUCUCCCGGGACACUUCCUGGAAAGUGCUGGGCGCAGCCGCAGCCGGGGCCUGGACGAGAAGCUUCGGAGGAAGCUGCGGCCGGCGGAGCCGUGUGUGGUGGAGGAGGUGGGGUACUACUGGGUGGAGAGCGGUGGCGGGGGGGCAGGGCAGGGGCGGCGAGGGGGAGGCAGGGGGGCGGGAGAGGCGCGGCGAGUGGGGUGCAGAGCGGUGCUGCUGGUGGUGGAGAGUGAGAGCCCGGCGUUUGGGGAGCGGGUGGGCGUGGAGGUGGAGGAGGAGGGCGAAGAGUAUGUGGUGGAGCGCUGGCGCUAUGAUGCUGCCCUGGCCAAGGGCUGGUGCCCCAAGCAGCACUGCCUGGCGUAUUGGAGCCGGGAGUCACUGCCACCAGGCCUCAAGCCACCCCCCCUGCCGGAGUCAUCAUGGGGCAGGGCAGUGGCAGAGCACCCACGCGCAGUGCUCUUCCGCGGCCGCAUCCAGUCCGAUGGCCCCUUUGACCCCGCCCUGCCCCUCAGCCCCUGGCGCAGGCUACGGGUGUACUACGCGCACGACCGCAGUGUGGAGAGGCAGAGCGCGUGGGAGCUGCUGGACCCCGACCCCGCGCUCUGGCCCACCCGCCCCGCCAUGGCCGCGCACCUGCUCACAGCUGCCAGGGAGGCACUGAGGGCGGUGGAGCAGGACGAGGGCGUGCACGGCACACUGCACCUUCUCUACUCGCCCGACUCCUCCCCCGCUGCCCUCUCCUCCAUCCCAGUACCCAUGAGUGUGGCUCUGGUACAGGCGCGCAUGGCAUCGGGGUGGUACCGCUCACUAGACGCAUUGCUGCACGACAUUGCCCUUAUCGCCUCCAACGCCCACGCGCUGCACGGCGCUGCCCACCCCAUCGCUGCUGCUGCCGCCCACUUCUCCACACAGUUUGCUGCCCGCCUCAAGGCCCUCACUAGUGGAAGCAGGGCGUGA